GUAUCUUCACAGAUUUAUUCACUUAGAAGCCGUGCAGACGCCAUUGUAAGGUGUGAUAGUAUCUGUGUAGGACUUUCCGCGAAAAUGGGCCAUGAACUGAGAAUAGCCGUUGUAUGUGCUAGCAACAUGAACAGAAGCAUGGAAGCACAUUCUUUUUUGAGCAAACAAGGAUACAAGGUGAAGUCUUACGGUACCGGAGACAAGGUAAAACUCCCUGGUCCAUCCAUCGACAAGCCGAACGUGUAUGAAUUCGGCACGCCGUACGACAAGAUAUACAAAGAUCUUAAAUCGAAAGAUCCGAACAUGUAUACUCAAAACGGUUUGCUGAACAUGCUGGAUAGGAAUAGAAGACUGAAGGACCACCCUGAAAAAUUCCAGCUCACCGAGGACGAGUUCGACGUGAUUUUCACUGUCGAGGAGCGCGUUUUCGAUCACGUUGUGGAAUUCAUGGAGAGCCGAGAGAAGAAAGGAUGCACACCAGUUCAUGUUAUCAACAUUGAUGUGGAAGAUAAUCACGAGGAGGCGACGAUCGGCGCCUUCCUGAUCCGAGAUCUUGUGGAUCUGAUGGCGUCGUGUGACGACUUGGACAACGAUAUCGACGACCUUCUGCAAGACUUCGAAUCUACUUGCAAGCGCUCGAUUUUGCAUUGCGUGCAGUUCUAUUGAACGUUCAUAUUCGCACAUGUGUUUCAUGCAUCUUCAGUUUCUCUCCCUUCCCCUUUUUGUUCCUGUGAAUGAACGGGAGAGAACGGAUUUUCCUUAGCCAAGGAAACAUGCACGUGCUGUGAAAGAAAGGUCGUCCCAAUGACCUGUUGGAAAAACUGUCUGAUGAGUUUAUGUGUACAGGCGUAUUUUCUGCGAAUGGAAAAAAAGUUGUUUCAAAGGCUUCUUGCGCAUCAUUCUCUUCCAAGGGGUAUAGGAGCUAAGCGACGUUGCGCUUGUCACAAUUUUUUUCCCAGUUGGCAUUUAGACGGCGAAUGCUGGAAUGGAAGGCUUGAAUUAGAGAAUUGUUUACAGUUCGCGUCGUAUAGCAUGCAUUCGUGUUUUUGGAUGACGAAGAUUUGGAGGAAGAUCCGGUGAUGUGCGCUCCUCGCGUGUGCGUUAUAGAAACUUUCUUUCGAAGAAGAUCCGGAGAAUAGUGGCUCGACGAGCUUCGAAAUUAAUGUCAAUUCCAAAUCUCCGCGAAUGUUCUAAAUUCCCCAAAGCUCUAUCUACCGAGCUUCCGGCAAAAUAUUCGAAACAUUUAGAUUGAUUUUGUUAACGUUUCGAUCCCUGAACUUAUUUGCGCGAUCAUAGCUCUAACGUAGGUAAAUCGUUCUCUACCAUCAACGAAUUUUCGCCAAAAUCAAUUUUCGUUGUGAAUGCUUCUGGCUGGAAAUGGCUCAGUCUAAAUAUAGUUGUCACAAAAAUUUAGAGAAGUGAAAAUGGUAGUUUUUGGGUGUGGUGGCACGGAUGGAUUUUGUCAAUGCAGUUUCAAGGCCGCGUUAAAUCAUUCAAGGAAAUUGUUUCGUUGUGAACGGAUGACAAUAAAACGCUGGAUGUCCAUAUA